AUGGCUUCCAUACUCGAGUCAGAUCGGCAAUUUUGCUCCCCGACAAAAUCACCUUCUGAAUAUGACCGCAACUGCGAUCGCGAUGCGGAUCUCGAUCUCAAUUUGGAACCCAAGAAAUCAACAGUUUCCUACUCAUUCGAAGGAACUAAGGGGUGGCGGCGCUGGCGAGUGCUACGACCCUGUUGGGGCAUGUAUCACGACGUUCGCAGGCGAUUGCCCUUUUACUCGAGCGACAUCAUCGAUGCCUGGACUUACCGCACUGUUGCCAGCACUAUCCGCAUGUAUUUCGUGAAUCUCUUGCCAGCCAUCGCUUACACUCUGGAUAUCAUCUUGGCCGCGCAACCCCUAACCAUUGUUGGCGUGACCGGUUUGAUUUCGCUAUUCAACUUCACUAUCUAUGAUAUUAUUAAAAUCUACGACGUCAGUAUUUAUCCGCAAUUUAUGGCUUGGACGGCCAUAUGGGCUGCCAUUUUUCACUGGAUCGUCGCCGUGUUCAAUAUGUGCGACUACAUGCGCUACGUGACGGAUUUCUCUAGUGAGGCCUUCGGCAUGUAUGUCGGCAUUAUCUACAUUAUCAAGGGAGUCGAGGAACUGGUGAAUGAGUUCAACGCUGAGGGAAGCGAAGCUGGCUAUCUGGCCUGCGUCAUUGGCAUACUGUAUUUCGGCUCCGUCUACGGGCUGGAGAAGCUUGGUUCAAGCACCCUCUGGCGCCCUGGCUUCCGAGGCUUCCUAGCCGACUACGCCUACGUGUUCUGUACGCUCUUCUGGGUCGGCUUCUCUCACCUCCCAGGAAACCUCAGCGACACACAUAUGAUGCGCGUUCCUACUACCAAAGCCUUCCGUCCUACACAAGAUCGGUCUUGGCUCAUCGACUUCUGGACGCUCGAUGUGAAAUGGGUUUUUGUCGCCUUACCGUUUGGAUUCCUAGUGAUGCUGCUCUUCUACUAUGAUCACAACGUCAGCAGCAUCACUGCGCAAUCAAGACAAUACCCUUUGAAGAAGCCUGGUGGUUUCCACUGGGAUUUCUUCCUUCUCGGCUGCACCACAUUUGUCAGUGGCAUCCUUGGCCUCCCGCUGCCAAACGGUCUCGUCCCCCAGGCACCUGUUCAUACCGACUCUCUUACAGUUUAUGACACGCAGUUGAAAAUCAUCACGACCUUGGAAGAGCAGCGCGUGUCACACUUUUUGAUGGGCUUGGCGCUCAUUGGCACCAUGACCGGCCCUCUUCUUGUGGUGCUGCACACGAUGCCAUCGGCGGUCUUUGCUGGGGUUUUCUUCGUUAUUGGAUGGGGAUCCAUCGAAGACAACGGUAUCCUACAAAAAUUCAUGUUCCUACAGUCGGAAGGCCGCUUCGUGCAGAGGGAUGACCCAAAACUGCUAGUUCGCAAGCGCAAGAUCUUGCUCUUUAUCAGUCUGCAGUUCUUUGGCGUGGCAGCCUGUGUCGCAGUCUCACAUACAUUGGCCGCAAUCGGGUUCCCAGUUCUCAUCAUUGCUCUUAUCCCUUUGCGCACUCACCUAAUGCCGCGUUGGUUCACCCUGAAAGAGCUUCAAGUUCUGGACGAGUUCACUGUGAAUAACAAGGUGGUCUUGGCAAGCCUUGGCGGGCAGCCCGUGUUGCCGGAACACACCAGGAACGAGGAUUGGGGCCUCGAUCGGAGGCGGAGCGAGUCUCGGCACGGAGUCCACCGGCAACGGGCUGGCAGCCUGCAACGUUAA